CGAAAUUCGCAGCGAUACCAGACCCUAAUUUCUCACUCCGAAACAAACGUUCUUAUUUCCCUCCUUUCUCUCUCUUCCGCUAUCUAUCCUUCUUCCAGCGUUAAUACCUGGAGGCGGCUUCACCCUCCUUCGCCAUCCAUCUCCUCUACCUCCGGUUGUUUCCGACCCCUUUCAUCUUCUUAUUCCUGGCUAAGGAGGCUUCGUUCUGUUGAGUGUCCAACGUUUGAGUGUUGUUCAGAUCUGAGUCCAAGGCAUUGUGUUUCUCACGUCACGCGCCGAGAUCUGGGGGCCACGCGCAGCGGUUCGGGCACAGGCAUGGUGGUUAACGGCAGGGCGAUGAAGCGGAUGAAGAGGCGUGUCACGGCUGACCAGUACGAUUUCCUCACGUUUCCCUCGCCGUCCGACGGCGUUCUCCCUCACGCCAGCGCGUGUCCGUUCCGGACGAACGUGAGGACGUUCCUGUCCACCCACGCGCUCUUACCGCCUCCGUCGGCGCUCUUCCCCCACCUCCUCACGUGGCAAAUCCUGUUUCGGGUGGGAGAUCUCAACGAGAGCGGCGGCGGCGUUGACUGUUCACCCGCCGCGGUGUUCCUAGACAUCGUGGAAGAGGACGUCGCGAGAUCUAGAUCCGUUUAUUGCGACCACUGCCGAGUCGUUGGUUGGAGCAAUAAUCCGGUUUGCGCAAAGCGUUACCACUUCAUAAUUAAGGCCGACGGGAAUUCCAUUGGGGGCCAUAGCAAGUCUUGCGCCAGCUGCGGCGACCCACUUCUUGUGUCGGAAUCUAGAUGCAAGUCCUGCAAUUAUGUUUUGACGACGGAGGAUGUGGAAGAUUGGAUAUAUAACCAGCUGGAGGAUACGAAUCAUCUUCUGCACGGUGUGGUCCAUGCCAAUGGUUAUGGUCAUCUUCUUCGCGUCAAUGGGAGGGAAGGCGGGUCAAAGGUGCUUUCCGGUUGUCAUAUAAUGAACUUCUGGGAUCGGCUUUGCAAAGUUCUUGGAGUCAGGAAGGUUAGUGUGAUGGAUGUAUCAAAGAAAUAUGGCCUGGAGUUUCGACUGAUUCAUGCCUUAAUGAAAGGACAUCCGUGGUAUGGUGAAUGGGGCUAUCAGUUUGGGACGGGCAGUUUUGGUCUGAACCACGAUGCUUACAAACAAGCUAUUAAUAACCUUUCAUCUCUACCGUUGACUGUUUUCCUUUCUCAAGGAAGGAAACCCCGGACACGUGUGCAAGACUUGAUUUCAUUUUAUCAAUCCUUGUCUGAGCGCGAGCUUGUAAAUAUUAGAGACCUUUUUAGUUUUUUAAUUAGUUUAAUCCAUGAUGCCCACAAGUCGUGCUUGAGGGUUGAUGACGAAUCUAACUCUAGUUGCAAGAAGCCCAAAUACUGUGACACCAAAGCCUUGUGCGCAUGGAGCAUGAAUGAUGUUCUACGCGUCGAAGAAGCAAUGUUCAGAGUGUUGAGAGCUGUUUCAGGAUCCAAAUGGGUUAGCUGGCGUGCCCUUAGAGGUGCUGUAUGCAAAGCCGGCCCCCCUGAACUUCUUGACUACUGCCUUAAAGAACUAAAGGGAAAGAUGGCCGCUGAUGGAAUGGUUGUCAACUCCCGCUGCGUUUCAGAUUCUGGUGCUAUGGAGUACAGACUUGAGCCUGGGAGUGCUACAACUAUUGCAACUACAGUUGAGGGUAAUUGUAUAAGACCAAAUUACCCAUCAGAAGAACAUUUGUUGCGGGAUUUAAAAUGCUUGUAUGAUGGAAUGCUCCAUCCUCAUACCAUGGCCAACAACUUGCACGUUGCUAAAAAGGAUAUCAUAAUCCAGUCAGCCUCAACUCUCAUUGAUUGCAAGAAAUUCAUGAAAGAAUAUCAAAUCGAUAAACUCCCAACACUCUCAAACCCUAAUAAUUCUAUUCAGCUUCUAUGCGAACUGGACCUCAUGGAUAAAUCUCCUCCGCCAGAGCUGUUGGUUCUAUCAUCCAAUGCAACUAUACAUGACCUAAAGGUUGAAGCCUCGAAAGCUUUCCAGGAUGUGUACCUGAUGUUCAGGAGAUUCCAAGUAGAGGAGCUGGUUGGAUACUCAGGUGUGGGAGACUCCACUGGGUUGAAACUUCUCUUAGGGUCAACAGAGCGUGUGAGGGUGCGGGGGAGAUGCCUGGGGAAGGGCAGCCUGAGUAGGUUUAGAAUGGAGAGAGGUCUGGAGAGUUGGACUGUAGAUUGCCAUUGUGGGGCCAAGGAUGAUGACGGUGAGCGGAUGCUGGCAUGUGAUUCCUGUGGCAUAUGGCAACACACACGGUGUGCUGGGAUACCUGACUUGGACGCUGUUCCUGCCCGGUUUAUUUGCGCAAGGUGCGGUUUCGUGCUGGGCCAAACUAAGGCUGGUGGAGUGUCGAAGGAUGAGUUGAUCGGGCCUGCUGCUGUUGUUGCCGCUUUUUGCAAUGGCAAGGGAGGUGGUGGUGGUGUUGGGAAGGGCUUGAUGAGAGCUUUUUGAAAUGAUAUGCCGGCUGGUUUUUUGUUUUGGGUUUUUGUACAUUUUCACUAGAUGGGUUUAUCACCAGCACACUGGCCUUUUCAUCAUUUCCCAACGACGGGAUUAACUAUUUAACUUAUUGAAAUGUCUCUUGUAAAAUCUCUUCGGUGGUCUCUCUGUUUCAUCAGCAUCUUUUAAGAAAUAAUAAUAAUUUAUAUACCAGUAGUAA